UGUUGCUGUCUGCAGGCUGUACAGAACACAUUUCUCUGAGUGUUUGAUCCAAAGCAGGUCACAAUGCGAGGGGUUUAUCGUGUUUUACUCAUUUUCAUCUUUGCCUGCUGUAUCAGGGCCAAGAAGACACGCUGGUGCACAGUGUCAGAUCCUGAACAGAGGAAGUGUGCAGAGCUAGCAAAAGCUCUGGUGGCCGUGCUGCCGCCAGCUACUUUGGCAGCUUUUGCCAGACUGUCAUGCAUUCGAGCAUCCAGCACAGGUGAAUGCAUCGCAAGAAUCAAGGCUAAUCGUGCUGAUAUUGUGACAGUAGAUGCAGGGGAAGUUUAUUCUGCAGUAAAGCAGUUUGAUCUUGUUGCUGUUGCUAAAGAGAUAUACAGUGAUGGAGGCUGCAUUCUGUCUGUGGCUGUGGUGACAAACAGCAGCUUGGACAUUCGAUCCCUGCGGGGCCUCAGGAGCUGUCACAGCGGGGUUCGAUGGACAGCAGGAUGGAGCCUCCCGCUCAGCUUCCUGCUGUCCAGAAACUACCUGAGCUGGUCCAAAGAGCAUCCUCUCAGCCAGGACAUCAGUACCUUCUUUAAUGCCAGCUGUAUUCCUGGAGCUGCAGCCAUGGCGCCUCCUCUGUGUGCCCUGUGCCAAGGCCAGAAAUCUUUUAUUCUCCAGAAGAAUUACCACUGUGAGACAUCUCACAAUGAGCCUUUCUACAACAACCAGGGAGCCCUCAAAUGUCUCAGGAGUGGGACAGGGGAUGUUGCAUUUGUAGACCAUUUAGCUCUUGAAAAUAUUGAAGAGGCCGAGCGAGACAAGUUCAGGUUACUGUGCACUGAUGGCACACAAGCUCCUCUCAGCCGCUACAGAAGUUGUAAUCUAGGCCGUGGUCCCGGAGGGGGAAUGGUCACUAGACACAAUUUUCGCAAAGUUGUUAGAAAAUUUGUAAUGACCAUUCAGUUGAUGUUUGGUCGACAAGGAAGACAGAGGCAGCGCUUUCAACUUUUCAACUCAUCACCUUUUGGAGAGACUGACCUUCUCUUCAAAGAUGUGGUGGAUAAACUGGUUGUCCUUUCCGACAAUAUAGACAUCAGCCAGGUGCUGGGACUCGAUUAUGUUGCGCUCCUCAAAGGUCUUGGGCAUGAAGGAAGCUCCCUGGAGGACAGUGUUGUGCGAUGGUGCUGCAUCAGCCAUGCUGAGCAGAAGAAAUGUGAGCAGUGGGCCCUCAGCAUUAAGUCAGAUCCGCUGGUGUGUGUCAGAGCUGUUUCGAUGCGUGACUGCAUUGAGAAAAUCAAAAGAGAUGAAGUGGAUGCUGUCUCAUUGGAUGCAACUCAUUCGUUCAUCGCAGGAAAAUGUGGUCUUGUCCCUGUGGUGACUGAAUAUUAUGGAAAAAAAUGUGCUCCUGCUGAUGGAUCGGCCCACUUAGAGACAGACGUCUUGCCCUCAGUGGUGGGUAUAGCGGUAGCAAAACGCUCCAGCAAAAACGUGUUCAUGGGGAAUCUGGGAGGCCGCCGCUCCUGUCACAGCCACACAUACAGCCCUGCAGGCUGGCUGCUACCGCACAGACACGUGUUAAGUCUGGAGCAUAACAGCAGCUCCCCCUGCGAUCCAAACCAAGUGUACAAUGAGGUGUUUUGGAAAGGCUGUCUUCCUGGCUCUGAGGGGAAUCUGUGCAAAGUGUGUGUGGGAGGCACAGGAGAGGCUGCUACUAAACGCUGUACUGACAACCACAAUGAGCGCUAUUAUGGCAACAUGGGUGCUUUAAGGUGUCUGGUUGGAGAUCCAAUUGGGAAAAGCUACGGUGAUGUGGCCUUCCUUGAGCAGUACAACCUCCAAGCCAACAUCCUCAGUUUAAAUUCCACCGGCUGGGCAGAGGGAUGGACAGUAUCAGAUUUUGAGCUGUUGUGUGGUGACGGAAGUCGUGCCCCUUUGUCAGAGUGGGAGAGUUGUAACCUGGGAGUGAUACCGCCAAACACCAUCAUGACACGACCAGUACUCACUGCACGCGUGUACGACUUCCUCAUGAAGUCACAGGAAACUUUGGCAGCCAGUCCAAACACAGAGUUCAAGAUCUUUGAAUCUCAUCAGUAUGGAGAAAGUGAUCUACUGUUUAAAGAUGCAACAGAGUGUUUGGUCCAUACAAGCCACAUGGACUACCGCACCAUCCUCGGAGAGGAGUUUUACACUCACGUGGAAACUGUCUUCAACUGCACACACUCUGAUAUCUUGGAGUUUUGUAACCAGGAUGUGUGCAGCAUAUUCUAAUGGACAACACUGCCUUUCCCCGUUUCUCAGUAGAAACCAUCACUGGUGUUAUCACAGUUGUGAAAAGACUGAAAUGAAUGAGGACCUUGCAUUAACUUUUGAAACACUGCAAUGCCUCUAUGACUCGUAUCUUUGUGUACUUCAGAGACACAUAAUUUUUUAGCAAAUGUUUGUAAAUCUGACAACACAUUUUCUCAGAAAUUGAAACUUUAAGAAAAUAUGUGAUUAAUUUUUCUUUCAUUUCAUUUAAUCUUAAAAUCUUUCUGAAAAAUGUAUGCUUUUGGCCCUGCAGGUGACCGUGCUUCUUCAACCAUUUAAGGCUGAAGCUUUGGUUGCAAAGAUACACAAAUUAAGUGCUCACAAGAAGAACCUUUGGAACUGCAGUCUUUACAAGUUAUGUAUUAAGUUAUAUGUUUCUAUAUUGGCUGUAGUUUUCUUGUAUACGAUUGUUUAGAGACUAGUGAAAUGUGUUCAGUUUCUAAAGCUUCAUUCAAAAGUAACAAAAAUAUAUGUAACUAGUGGGUAAAUAUAAGUUCAUACACCCAACUGUAACUUUAUUAAGUGCACCUGUCCAAUUGCUUGUUAACACAAAUGGCUAAUCAACCAAUCACAAGGCAGCAACUCAAUGCAUUU